AUGAGUGAAGAUAUGGAAGUAGAUAAUAUAGAUACCCAUAAAGCAGAAGAGGAAAUCACUGCCCCUGUGAAGAUAGAAGCUCCCGAAAUACCGCCAGAGAUUAAAGCAAAAUACUCUCCCACCACCAUAGUUUUAGCUAAGGUCAAAGGGUAUCCACAUUGGCCAGCUAUGAUUUUGGAAGAAUCAUUAUUGCCAUCUUAUGUAUUGGAUAAAAAACCAAAGGGGAAGAAAAUUACUUUACCUGUUAGAUUCUUUAGUGAUGACACUUACAUAUGGAUGAAGGUAGAAGAUUUAAAAUUGUUGAAACAAGAAACAAUCGAUGAGUUUCUUUCAAAGACAAGGAAAGAUAAAUUAUUGACUUAUGCAUAUGAGUUAGCCAAAGAUCCCAUGGACAUGGAAUUAUUUGUUAACUUUGGGUCUCGUGGGAAACCAUUACUGCCUAUCGAACCCGAUCAUUAUGAGCAAUUAGAAGAAGAGGAAGAAGAGGAGGAGGAAGAGGAAGAGGAAAUAAAGCCCAAGAAAAGAGGACCGAAAGCCAAAGGUAAAGUUAAGACUAAGAAGCCAGUAGCUAAAACUAAAGCCAAGGCCAAGGCUAAAGAAGAACCUAAAAAAAGAGGCCGUAAGCCGGUGGAAAAAGAACCCAAAAGAAUCAAAUUAGAAUUCAAAUAUGAUGAAGAUUGGGGGAUUGAUGACGAUUUGGAUGAAUUAUUCGAGCAAGGAAAUUACAUAUUUGAUAACAAACAACAAGAACAACAUUUCCUUUCAAGUUGUCCUUCAAGUAAGGUAUUGACGCAAGAAAUAGAUGAACUCAAUGAAUAUUUAGAAGAUUUGACAAAUAGAUUUUAUAUCACCCUUCCUAAAGAAAUUUUCAUAAAAGAACCUAAAGGUGAAACUGAAGAUACCAAUGGGAAGCUCAAUGGACAUAAUAAUGGAGUCAAUGGCCAUCAAGAUGAUCUCAAAGAACAAGUAAAGAUCUUGAAAGAAUUGAGUACCAAAGAAAUUCCUACACUGAUGUUACUCAAAUCCAAAAUAUUCAAGUUAUUAAUAAGUAUUUGUAGAGAUGACAUGAUUUCUGAUGCUUUAAGAAACAAAAUCAACGAAUAUUUUCAGAUAUUCGAAUUCAACAUAGACAAAAACCCUGAACCAGUAGCGGAAAUCCCAUUAGAAACCCCCAUGGAGACCCCAACUGAAACCCCUUCAGAAACCCCAGUUCCUGAGACAAAUUAA